ACUUCCUCCGCGGCCUCAGGCCGGGCUGCACCCGCGCCUGCAGGCCAUGGUGGCUCUGGACGACCCUGACGGCGGCCCGGAGGGGACCCCGAGCGCCGGGACCAGGCUGUCCCUUCCCGGCUGCCUGCCGGCGCUCAACGGCUCACAGGUGAAGAGGGUCCCGGCUUCCAGGCGUAAGCAGCACUUCAUCAACCAGGCUGUGCGGAAUUCCGACCUGGUGCCCAAAGCCAAGGGAAGGAAGAGUCUGCAGCGCUUGGAGAACACCCAGUACCUCCUAACACUGUUGGAGACAGCUGGGGACCCUCCAGGGCUGGAAGAUGGGGACCUGACUCCUCCUGCGGCACCUGGCAUCUUCGCAGAGGCCUGCAGCAAUGCUACCUAUAUGGAGGUCUGGAAUGAUUUUAUGAACCGAUCUGGAGAAGAGCAAGAGCGAGUGCUCCGCUACCUGGAGGAUGAGGGCCAGGGCAAGAGGAGGCGCGGGCCUGGCCGUGGGGAGGACCGACGGAGAGAGGACCCGGCCUUCUCACCCCACGAGUGCUUCCGGCGCAUCAGCCGUCGCCUGCGCUCAGUGCUCAAGCGCAGCCGCAUCCCGAUGGAAACCCUGGAGACUUGGGAAGAGCGACUGCUGGCGUUCUUCUCGGUGUCCCCGCAAGCUGUGUACACUGCCAUGCUGGACAACAGCUUUGAGAGGCUCCUGCUUCAUGCCGUCUGCCAGUACAUGGAUCUCAUCUCGGCCAGUGCUGACCUGGAAGGCCGGAGGCAGAUGAAGGUCAGCAACCGCCACCUGGACUUCCUGCCUCCAGAGCUGCUGUUGUCUGCCUACCUGGACCAGCAGUGAUGGCGGUGCCCCCGCCUGCCGCCUCGCCUGGCCCAGACCUCCACCGUCUGCGCUGAGGCCCACUCUUGCCCCUUCGUGUCCUGGUUCACACGGGACAGCCCUGCAGCUCCUCACUCUCCUGCUUGUACUUGGGUGGGAGACCUGACCUGGGCGUACCCUGUGUUUUUCUCUUUGGCUUUCUUUGGCCCAGUCUGAAGCUCAGGCGAGGAGAAGCAGGCUCUUCUUUCUUCUCCUCCAAUCACUUUUAAUGAAUUUGGCAUGUUUUGGGUUUUGGGGUUGAUUUAUUUUAAUUUCUCUUGAAGCAGGGAGGCACAAGCAAAACGCCAGCUGGUAGUGGGCUCUGCGGGGACCCUGCCUCACCCCUCCAGGUUUCAGCUUUGAUUGGGGUGGCUGGUUCUCUCUAGGACUCUGUCAGUCUCCCUGGGGCACUUUGUUG